AUGGCCCCAAAUGAGGUUCCUCAGUAUAUUGGGAUUAUCCGAUUGCUUCAGUUUUUUGGAUGGAAGUGGAUUGGGCUCUUUGCUGCUGAUACUGAGAGUGGAGAAAAUUUUUUGCAGAAAUUGCAGCCGCUGCUUUCCCAGCAGAGAAUCUGUUUAGCUUUCACACAAAGAUUUCCAAAACUGUUCCGUUUGGAUGACUUGGACAAAUUUAGUGAUAUAAUGUCCAACUUUUUUACCCAUUUCACAGACAUUAAAACAAAUGCAUAUAUCCUCUAUGGAGAAUCUUUGACACUUGCAUGGCUCACAGCUCUCAAAUUUCUAUGGGAUGCUGCAAAUAAGGGAAAUACAUCUUUAUGUAAGGUGUGGAUCACCACAACCCAAAUUGAUUUCAUGCUAACAGGAAACCAAAAGAAUUGGGAUCUCCAACUGUAUGAUGGGGCCAUUUCCUUUCAAAUCCAUUCAAGUGAAAAUCUGGAAUUCAAGGAAUUUCUUCAGUCCAUAAAACCAUAUUCAAAGCACAAAGAUAGAUUUCGAAACCAUUUUUGGGAGCAAGCAUUUGACUGCUUCUUUCCUAAUUCGGAAUGGUCACCAAUGGGCAGUCAAAAAUGCACUGGGGAAGAAGAACUGGGAAGCCUUCCUGAACCUCUGUUUCAAUUACAGAUGACAGGUCACAGCUACAGUAUCUAUAAUGGAAUUUAUGCUGUGGCUCAUUCUUUGCAUACCAUGCGAUUAAAGGGAUCCAAUCAGAGAAAAAUAGUGGCGGGUAAAAUGGCUGAAUCUCCAGAACUACAGCCUUUUAAGCUCCAUCCAUAUCUUCAAGGCAUUUCUUUCAACAAUUCAGCAGGAGAGAGGGUGUCCUUUAAUGAGAAGAAGGAAGUUGCAGGAGGAUUUGACAUCAUCAACUUGAUCACUUUUCCAAACAAGUCCAUCCGGACUGUCAAAGUUGGAAGGCUAGAUAUCAAAGCUUCUUAUGGAAAUGAACUGAUCAUUAAUGAAAAUCUAAUUGAAUGGCACAAAGGUUUUAAUCAGGUUCUGCCAGUUUCUCUGUGCAAUGAAUACUGUCACCCUGGAUUUUGGAAGAGAAAGUCUGAAAGGAAAACGUUCUGCUGCUAUGAUUGCAUUCCAUGUCCCCAGGGGAAGAUUUCAAGCAAGAUAGACACAGAAGAUUGUUUCAAAUGCCCUGAAGAUCAGUAUCCAAGCAAGGAGCAAGAUCGAUGCCUUAACAAAACAAUGAGUUUUCUCUCCUUUGAAGAACCUUUAGGGAUCACUCUGGCCUCAGCUGCUGUUGCCUUUUCCCUCAUGUCAACCAGUGUUCUUGGCAUUUUCCUUAAGCGUAGAGAUACUCCCAUCGUCAAGGCCAACAACCGGGACCUCACUUAUACUCUCCUCAUCACCCUUCUGCUCUGCUUCCUUUCUUCCUUGUUAUUCCUUGGUCAACCAGGGAAAGUAACCUGCCUUCUGCGGCAACCAGCAUUUGGCAUCAUCUUCUCAGCUGCUGUUUCUUGUGUGUUAGCUAAAACUAUUACUGUGGCUGUAGCUUUCAUGGCCACGAAGCCGGGUUCUACAAUGAGAAAAUGGGUAGGGAAAAAAAUGGCCCCUUCCAUUGUCCUUUCUGGUUCUUUUCUUCAAGCAGCUCUUUGCACCCUGUGGUUGGCAACCUUUCCUCCAUUCCCUGACUUAGACGUGCACUCCCUUAUGGAAACCAUGAUUUUGCAAUGCAAUGAAGGCUCCAUCUUCAUGUUCUAUUGUGUCCUGUGCUACCUGGGUUUCUUGGCUAUUGCCAGCUUCAUUGUGGCAUUCCUCACUCGAAAUUUACCUGACAGUUUUAAUGAAGCCAAGUUUAUUACUUUCAGCAUGUUGGCCUUCUGCAGUGUGUGGGUCUCCUUUGUUCCAACGUACCUGAGCACCAGAGGAAAAGCCAUGGUGGCUGUGGAGGUCUUCUCCAUCUUGACCUCUAGUGCUGCCUUACUGGGAUGUAUCUUUUUCCCAAAAUGCUUCAUCAUUGUGCUGAGGCCAGAACUAAAUAGCAGGCACCAACUAAUCAAACGAAGUAAUUAA